UGAACCUCCGGCAAGCGAGAGAGAUUUGGAUGUGUCUGGUGUGUGUUCUCUUACAGGCAGCAGCAGUGAGCGUGUGUGUGUGUUUUGCGCAGCGCGUGUGUCCUGACAGCAGUGUGUGAGCGCGCAGGUGUCCGUGUGUAUUGCGAGCAGGUGUUUUUGCCAGGCGUCAGAGGGGAGGGACGCACACACCCUCCAGACGACCGGCGGGACGGAGGCCACCGGAGUAUUCGCCUUUUUCUUUCGCUUUUUAUUCUUCUUCUUCCUCAUCGUGGCGGUGGGCGGCACUUUCUCUUUUCAUUUGCUCGCCCUGUCCGUCGUCUGCCUGCUCGUUUAUUUCUCCAUUUAUCUCAUCUAUAAUUUCUUCUGUUGAUUAGCGGCGGAGGGCAGAUCUGACAUCAGUGAGUUUGCUCUGAUGUGUUGUGAUUGUAGAAAUGACGACAUUACUCACACACGGGUGCUCAUAAUCUCUCUCUGUGUGUGUGUGUGUUGAGUAAUGAAGAGAUCUGCUGUGUGAAGGUGUGUGUGUAGACCGAAGGCUCAUCGCUCCAUCAUUCAUGUGUUUUCUUUGAGGAGACGUUCAUGUUUUCUGGAGGUCUUGCCAGAUGAUGAGACGUUCGGAUGUAGUUUUUCUUCUGAGGACACACACUUCAUUCAUGUCACUGAGCUGCAACGUUUGUCCAGAUGAGCAAACACACGCCGCUUUUUCUGCUCUUUUACAAUCGGACUCAAUGUGAAGUCACUUCACUUCUGCUGCCUUUCAUGUGAAACGCUGGAUUCAUGAGAGGAUUUUACACACAAGAUUUAUGCUGUUAGGAUUCUAUCUGCACUGCUGGACGCUGUGUAAGCGGGACACUGAAGAUCAGCAGCACAGAGGACAAACACACACACACACACACACACACACACUAAGUGUGUACAGUGAGAGAGAGAGAGAGAGAAAGCUGCUAUCAGUGACUGCAGGUACACACACACACAUCAGAUCUUAUGUACCGUCUGGAGUCUGGAUUACUUUGAAUGAUGUUUUAUAAACAAGCGUCUGGAGGAGCACAUUCAGAUUAUUAACUCCACUGCCUUUCCAUUAGCAAUCGCAGCAAUCAUCCUAUCAGCCCUAUAAAUAGACAAGCCGCCUUUCCUCCGUUCUCUUGAACGUCUCCCAACGUCCCACCCGACUGCACACCACUAGCCUGUUUUCACCUGAGCACCGGGGGGGUGGGGGGUGGGGGGGGAUUUGUCAGGCACACCGGACGGGAGAAUCACUGAGCUCAGAGCCCUCGCAGGACAGCACGCCAAUAAACAUACUAUGUGUCACACUUUAUUAUCUGCGAGGCCAACUCAUGACUGAUGAAUUGAUGUAUUAAAGAAUGGAUGGACUUUUUGGAGCUUCCAUCCUGUAUUUUAAAACCACAGGCACCGUUCACUGGCAUUAUAAAGCUAAGAAGAGUUGAGACAUUAUUUCAUAUUCAUUUCAUAAAUCGGAUUGUGUUUAGAAAUGUAAGAAAAAGAAGCAUAGAUGCCAUUAAGGGAGACAAAAUGUAAUGUUUGGGUGAAUCCCCUUCAGAUCAACUGUGCUUGUGCUAAACAGAGUUUAUGUUACACACAAAUACACUUAAACAAUACCCAUCUGUACUGUAUGUGUCUAUAUAAUGUGUGUGUGUAGGGUAUGAGAGCUCUAGAGCAUCAUGCAUUAUCUGAGAUGGAGGAGUGAGAUUCCGGCUGCAAACACACAAGGUCUCUGUCUUUCUCUUCUUCAUCAUGUCUCUCUGCGUUUACCGUGGCUUAGCUCCACCCUCUCAGGAAAUGCGGGCGCGGCUUCACCCACAGGCCCCACCCUUUCGCAGCCGCCCCCGCCCCCAGUCAAACCGGCUCUUCCUCGCGUGCCUGCUGCUCCUGCUCCUGCCGCUGGCCUGUCAGUCACGGGGGGUCAGAGGAGGUGGGGGCGUGGCCCAUUACAUCCCGUCGUCCGUGGCGCAGUACCCGCCGCUGCCCAAGCUCCUGCAGGGCCUGAGCAUCGCCGUGGUGCUGGUGGGCAACUCCAGCGAGGUGGUGCUCGCCGGGGCCCGGGACAAAGACGAUUUCACCCACAUGCCCCUGGCGCCCAACGUGGAGAUGCUCACCAUGAACGAGACGGACCCCAAGAGCAUCAUCAAGAGCAUCUGUGACCUGAUGACCGGGCACUGGCUGCAGGGCGUGGUGUUCGGAGACGACACCGAUCAGGAGGCCAUAGCGCAGAUCCUGGAUUUCAUCUCUGCGCAGACGCACAUCCCCAUACUGGGCGUGAAGGGCGGCUCCUCCAUGAUCAUGGCUGCUAAGGUAAGAGCGCCGGGUUUUCAAAAGGCCAGCGUGAUGAGAAGUGGUGUGGGGUCCGUGGCGAGGAUGUCGAGCUGUGUCUUGUAGUGCCAUCCCAAAAAGGGAAAAAUCCCACUCGCGUACCUUCUCUGGAUGUGUUCCACAUCUGUGAAAUGAUCUGCCCGCUGCUACAAGAUCAGUAGAUUCUGUGGCCAUCUUUCAGAACCGGCUGAAAACACAUCUCCUCCCUCAGCACCGGACCCAUUAGUAUUGACUUUUCUACUGUUUCUAAAAGAAUAAAACAAACUUAGCUCUGUGUGCUGUGGUAGGCUAUAUGAGGUCAGUUUUACUGCGCUUAUGCUCCUUAUGUUGUUCCCAUUGCUUCUAUUGUUUACCUGGUUUGUAAGUGGCUUUGGAUAAAAGGGUCUGCUAAAUGACUAAAUGUAAAUGUAGACAAGCAUCCGGUGCUCAUGGGAGACGCGGUGAGUCAGAGAUGCGUGCCCACGCUCGGGCCGUGCGCUUUAAACGGCUGUGAAAUCAGCCAGCUGCUGUGGAGCAGAAAAGCGCUGCUCGGCCCACGCGACGUGUCCGGAGGCAAACCGCACACAACCUUUACAACAUCACCUCAACUCUCAGACCUUCUGCACUAUCUGUGAUAUUCCACAGAGAGUCUUCACUCUUCUUUAACACCGCUCAGUGUCAGCAGAUGAUGUGUGAGUGUGUUUGGUUAGGGCUGUCCUUACAUAGUCCAAUCACAAUUGUCACGUCUUGCCUGUAAUCU